AUGUUUUGGAGGGAAAAAGCAAGAGAGAGUAGUGUAGAGCUGAACGGUGGACCUCCGAGUGGACAAGUCAGAGUGCUUGUUGUUGGCGAUUCAGGAGUGGGGAAAACUUCUCUUGUUCAUCUGAUCGUAAAAGGCUCUUCCGUAAAUCGCCCAUCUCAAACAAUUGGCUGUUCUGUUGAUGUUACGCAUAUUACUUAUGGAUCACCAAGUAGCUCAUCAAAUAAUGUUGAAGGAGACAAGGAGAGAGACUUUUUUGUAGAACUUUGGGAUAUAUCAGGACAUGAAAGAUACAAAGACUGUCGAUCUCUAUUCUAUUCACAGAUCAAUGGUGUUAUUUUUGUUCAUGAUCUCUCUCAAAGAAGAACAAAAACAAGCUUGCAGGGGUGGGCUGCAGAGAUUGCAGCAACCGGGACGUUCUCAGCCCCUCUAGCAUCUGCAGGGCCUGGAGGCCUUCCUGUUCCUUUUAUUGUUAUUGGCAACAAAGUAGAUAUCGGUGUGAAAGAAGGAAUGAGAGGGAGCAGUGGCAAUCUGGUAGAUGUAGCGCGACAGUGGGUUGAGAAGCAGGGGUUGCUUCCAUCUAGUGAGGAACUUCCUUUGACUGAGAGUUUCCCUGGAAAUGGUGGCCUUGUCGCAGCUGCUAAAGAAUCAAGAUUUGACAAGGAAGCUAUAAUAAAGUUCUUUAGAAUGUUAAUAAGGAGGAGAUACUUCUCAGAUAGUUUACCUGUUACAAGCCCUUGGUCUUCACCACUUCAUCAACCUAUAACGCAGUCAGAUGAAAUCACGAGUGAAGAGGAUCAUUUGUACCAAAACUCGCGUUCAGUUGGUGACCUUCACAAAUACAAUGUUCUCCCUCCACUCCCAGCUCAACGCAAUUUAACACCUCCUCCCACACUUUACCCACAGCAGCCCAUGUCCACUCCUGACACUAAGUAUAACAUUCCCAGAUUUGCUUUGAUGGGUUCCCAGGAGAUCAGCAGUGUGAGAUCGAAACGUUACGACAUUAAUGUUUGA